CCCCGCCUGCGAAGCGCGCCAACGGGCACGGGGGAAGCCGCCCCGGAGGCUCCGACCUCGAGUCCCGCUUAUUACCUGACAGCAAUAGGAGCCCCCACUUAGGAGCGCGGCAGGCGGGAGAGAGGCCAUGGCCGGGUCCUGCGGCACCGGAGGCCCCGCCGCCGGCUGGAAACGCCACAUCGUGCGGCAGCUGCGGCAGAGGGACCGCACGCAAAAGGCACUCUUCCUGGAGCUGGUGCCGGCCUAUAACCGCCUCCUAGAGAAGGCUGAGUUGCUGGCCCGGUUCUCAGAGAAGGUGCAGCCAGAGCCCAAUGAUGUCACUCCGGCUACCCACCAGGACCCCUGGGAGGAGUCGGGGCCUGACUCAGACCAAGUGCCAUCACCAGCCACUCUGAGGGUGAAGUGGCAGGAAGAGGAGGAGGAGCUACAGCUGGACUGUGGUGAGAUGGCCUACCAGGUGGUGGUGAAGAGCGCAGCCCUGGACGCCCUGGAGUCCGAGCUGGAGGAGCGGCAGAGCAGGCUCGCGACUCUGGAGGCCCGCGUGGCGCAGCUGCAGGAGGCGCGGGCGCAGCAGGCCUGGCAGGUGAACGCUCGGCGGGCGCGGCACGCCGCUCAGCGGGCGGCCUACGAGGCGCUCCGCGCGCACGCCAGGCUUCAGGAGGCGGCACUGCGCAAGCUCGAGGAGGAGGCGCGCGACCUGCUGGAGCGGCUGGUGCAGCGCAAGGCGCGCGCAGCCGCCGAGCGCAACCUGCGCCUCGAGCGCCGCGAGAGGGCCAAGCAGGCGCGGGUGUCUCAGGAGCUGAAGAAGGCUGUCAAGCGGACAGUGAGCAUCAGCGAGAACCCAGACACCCCAGGCGAUGGGAUCAAGGAGGGGGUUGAGAUGACUCUUGCCCUGCCUGCCGAGCCCCAGUUUCUGGAGAGUGAGGCUGAUGAGAAGUGGAAGAGGUCCUUCAGGUCUGCCUCCGCCACUUCUCUGACGCUGUCCCGCUGUGUGGAUGUGGUGAAGGGUCUUCUGGAUUUCAAGAAGAGGAGAGGCCACUCAAUAGGGGGAGUCCCCGAGCAGCGAUACCAGAGCAUCCCCGUGUGUGUGGCGGCCCGACUUCCUACCUGGGCUCAGGACGUGCUGGAUGCCCACCUCUCUGAGGUGAAUGCUGUCCAUUUUGGCCCCAACAGCAGCCUCCUGGCCACUGGAGGGGCUGACCGCCUCAUCCACCUCUGGAAUGUUGUGGGAGGUCACCUGGAGGCCAAUCACACCCUUGAAGGAGCUGGCGGCAGCAUCACCAGUGUGGACUUCGACCCCUCGGGCUCCCAGCUGUUGGCAGCUACUUAUAAUCAGGCCGCUCAGCUCUGGAAGGUGGGAGAGGCACAGUCCAAGGAGACACUGUCUGGACACACAGACAAGGUGACGGCUGCCAAAUUCAAGCUAACGAGGCACCACGCGGUGACUGGGAGCCGAGACCGGACUGUGAAGGAGUGGGACCUCAACCGUGCUUACUGCUCCAGGACCAUCAAUGUCCUUUCCUACUGUAAUGACGUGGUGUGUGGGGACCAUGUCAUCAUCAGUGGCCACAAUGACCAGAAGAUCCGGUUCUGGGACAGCAGGGUUCCCCGUUGCAUCCAGGUCAUCCCUGUACAGGGCCGGGUCACCUCCCUGAGCCUCAGCCAGGAUCAUCUGCAUCUGCUCAGCUGUUCCCGUGAUGACACACUCAAGGUCAUUGACCUGCGUGUCAGCAAUAUCCGCCAGGUGUUCAGUGCUGAUGGCUUCAAGUGUGGUUCUGACUGGACCAAAGCUGUGUUCAGCCCGGACAGAAGCUAUGCACUGGCAGGUUCCUGCGAUGGAGCCCUUUAUAUCUGGGAUGUAAACAACGGGAAAUUGGAGAGAAGCCUACGGGGAGCCCACUGUGCUGCUGUCAACGCCGUGGCCUGGUGCUCCUCCGGGAGCCACGUGGUGAGCACGGACCAGGCCAGGAAGAUUGUACUUUGGCAUUAGUGCCACGACUCACCCUGCCUGGGCUGGAGCUCUAGUCCGAAGUCCGAAGCCAGAGAACAGCUUCCACUGCUCCUCCACCUGGCCCCGGGGCCAGCGGGUGGGUGGGGUAU